AUGCCGGCCUGUGCUCCCGCACAAGAAGCCGCAGAGUCCAAGCACAUCAUCACGCAGGACUCCUGGCGUUUGGUGAAGAUCGAGCCCGAGGUGCAGGACAUCGCUGAUCACUUCGGCCUGGAUGAGCGCAUCACCGGCAAGCUGCAAGAGGCUCUCAAUACUCGCCCAGAUCCUGGGACGGAUUUGCAGGUUAUGUGGGAGAUCCUGGAUGAAGCCAGGAAUCCGCCCGGCCUCACGAUGAUCAAGGUGAAGGAGAUGCUGGAAGGCACGUUUCGUGCCGGCGAGCAGAAGGAUGCCGGAGUGCAGUCGCUGGCCGAGAAGUUCAAGCUCGACGAGCGUGCUGCAUACAAGCUCAGUGAGGUCUUGUCCACGAAGCCGAAUAAGAAGGACGUCCUUAAAGCCCUGGACACGCACUUGGCAGCUUCCAACAAUCCAUCAGCCCUCGUGAUGCUGAAGCUAGCAGAUCUCCGGAAAGAUGUACCGCUGGGAGAGGUCCCUUACGGCACAAAGGGCUACCGGGAUCGACCAUACCUCGGGAACUACGACCGUGAUGGGCGGCGCGUAGGACGGGCAGAGGCAAACAUUGGCGAAGGGCCUCCCCGUGAUCGUGAAAAGGGGGACAAGGGUGACAGGCCAGACCGUGAGCGUGGUCGAAACGGCGAGCGCGACCGUCCCAGCGAUCGUGACCGCGAUCGCGAUCGUGGCGACCGCGGCGAACGUGGCGACCGCGACCGCAAUCGAGAUCGUGGCGACCGAGACCGGGAGAAGGAGCGCGGUGAGCGCGGCGACCGGGACCGUGAUCGCGGUGACCGUGAUCGCACACAUGGCGAGGGAGGCGGCGAUCGACAGGAGCGGCGCGGCAGAAGCAGAAGCCGUCGUCGGCGGAGCCGCAGCCGAGCCGGAACCACGUGA